AUGAAAACCUACAAGCAGCUGAACCCGAUUGGCUGGGAGGUUAUCUUGGAGAAUAUGGACACGAAUUUCAGAAUCAAGCUCAACAAACAUCCCAAACUCGCCGCAGUCAACAAACGGGUCCCACUCCAUAUCAACAAGCUCGAACUCUUUUCUCGUGGUUUUAUUGUAGAUGGGACCAACUACUCAGUUUUUGAUGUAGUUUAUGGGAAAGUGUGUUUUGCAAUAAACUACAAAACUGUCGAGCAAACGGAGCGAAAGGAGGAAAUGGAGAAGUAUAAUGCGUUUCUGAUUUCAAAACUACUUGCCGGGAAAGUGAAUGUUAUGCGGUGUGUGUUGUAUCCAAUGGACUUCUUGCCAGCGUCAGGACCAAUUUUCACAAUUCAGGAAUUGAUCUUUCAAGGGUACAAAGGAUCCAAAGAAACUCUUGUCCCCUUCCAGGCCCUUGUAUCUCAAGAAUCUUUGCCACUGUCCAAAAUACUAGUGAAUUGA